AUGGCGGCCUCUUCUUCCAUCACCCUCCAACCCAUUCACCAAGGUGCACUCCUAAGAUCCAACUUCCUAGGGCAAAAGAACCUCCACACCAAGCCUCACAAGCCAUCCUACUCCUCGAUUCCCAAGGAUUCGAGGCUCAAGCAGGUAACACGCGCCAAAUUCGACCUCUCCCAGCUCCUGGGAGGGAGGGGGCUUUGCAAUGGGGAGGAAGGCCUGGAGAAAGAACUCAAGAGGAGCGUCGAGCCGAUCAUCUCAGAUCGAGAUGAUGAAGUUAGUUCCGGGAGCCAGCUACCGGAAGGCGUCCCAGAAGAUGGGUUUGACAAGGAAAUGAUGGGACUAACUGGUGGAUUUCCUGGUGGAGAGAAGGGGCUGCAGAAAUUCAUCGAGGAAAACCCUCCGCCUAAAAAGACUGAUUCAAGAGCUCUAGCAGGGAUUACUACAGCUGGAAAGAAGCCUAAAGCGCCCGAGUUGCCACUGCUAAUGCCUGGUAUGAUUGCUCUUGUGAAGAAUACUAACAGUCCAUACUACAUGUACUGUGGCAUUGUACAGAGGAUUACAGAUGGGAAGGCUGGGGUUCUUCUAGAAGGAGGGGUCUGGGAUCGGUUGAUCACUUUCAGGCUCGAAGAACUCGAGCGCAGGGAGAAGGGUCCCCCGGGGAAAAAUCCUCGAUCGGUUGUCCUAGAAACUACGGCUCAGAAAGAUUCAUGA